CCCAUCUCCUCUGCCCACUGCAAACCUGUCUGCCUCCUUCUCCUGCCAGGCUUCUUGGGAACACUGGCCCUACUACCAGAGCCUCAUGAGCCCCCAUGAAUGCCAGUGAAGGGAGUCCUGGCUAAUGAGGCCCUAGCUGGUCAAGGGCUGGGCGCUCCACCAUGCCAUCCAUCUUGCAGCGCUUGCAGCAGGCCACCAAGACCAUGAGCCGCAGGAAAAUCCUGCUGCUGGUACUGGGGUGCAGCACUGUAAGCCUUCUCAUCCACCAGGGGGCGCAGCUCAGCUGGUACCCUAAGCUAUUCCCUCUGAGCUGCCCACCCCUGCGGGAGUCGCCACCGCGCCCCAAGCAUAUGACAGUGGCCUUCCUGAAGACGCACAAAACGGCGGGCACCACAGUGCAGAACAUCCUGUUCCGCUUCGCCGAGCGCCACAACCUGACUGUGGCCCUGCCGCAUCCGAGCUGCGAGCACCAGUUCUGCUACCCGCGCAACUUCUCGGCGCACUUCGUGCAUCCGGCCACGCGGCCGCCACACGUGCUGGCCAGCCACCUGCGCUUUGACCGCGCGGAGCUGGAGCGCCUCAUGCCGCCCGGCACCGUCUAUGUCACCAUCCUGCGCGAGCCGGCCGCCAUGUUCGAGUCGCUCUUCAGCUACUACAACCAGUACUGCCCGGCCUUCCGGCGCGUGCCCAACGCGUCGCUCGAGGCCUUCCUGCGCACGCCCGAGGCCUACUACCGCGCGGGCGAGCACUUCGCCAUGUUCGCGCACAACACGCUGGCCUACGACCUGGGCGGUGACAACGAACGCAGCCCGCGCGACGACGCCGCCUACCUGGCGGGCCUGAUCCGCCAGGUGGAGGAGGUCUUCUCGCUCGUCAUGAUCGCUGAGUACUUCGACGAGUCACUCGUGCUGCUGCGGCGCCUGCUGGCCUGGGACCUGGACGACGUGCUCUAUGCCAAGCUCAACGCACGCGCUGCCAGCUCGCGCUUGGCUGCCAUCCCUGAAGCGCUGGCGCGGGCCGCGCGCGCCUGGAACGCCCUCGACGCCAGCCUCUACGACCACUUCAACGCCACCUUCUGGCGCCGCGUGGCACAUGCCGGCCGCGCAUGCGUGGAGCGCGAAGCGCGCGAGCUGCGCGAGGCCCGGCAGCGCCUGCUGCGCCGUUGCUUCGGCGAAGAUCCGGUGCUGCGUCCAGCCGCGCAGAUCCGCACCAAGCAGCUGCAGCCAUGGCAGCCCAGCCGCAAGGUGGACAUCAUGGGCUAUGACCUGCCUGGCGGCGGCGCCGGCCCAGCCACCGAGGCCUGCCUCAAGCUGGCCAUGCCCGAGGUGCAGUACUCGAACUAUCUGCUGCGCAAGCAGAAGCGCCGUGGUGGUGCUCGGGCCCGGCCCGAACCCGUCCUGGACAAUCCCCCACCCAGACCCAUUCGAGCCAUCCCCCGAAGUCCCCAGGGCUCCUGAGCCGUGAGCUGACUCCCAGAGCCUGCAUCCUGCCCUGCCCUCCCAGGAGGAGGCUGCCUCCAGGUCCUGCCCCAUCAGGGCCCUUUCUUUCCCAGGGGCUUGAGCCUCACACCGAACUGAGGGUGCAUCUCCCCAUCUGAGCCGACCUUUUAGGCCUGAUGGAGCCCUGGGCCACCCUCUUCUUCCCAGCUGGUUGGUGACUUUAACAAGAGGUGUAAGGUCCGUCCCAAAGCCCUGGCCCUACUUUUUUCUGGGGGCUGGGUCCCCCCCACACCUGUCUUUCCAAGUAGAUGAGUGCAAGCCCCAGAGUGGGGCUGAACCCCAGGCAGUGGCUGUGCUGUUUCUCAGUAUGGCUGGGUUCUUGCUCUUCCCAGGGCUGCAGAGACCCCUAUACUGUGUGUCUUCCAGGUUCCACCCUCCCCACAAACCUAAGCUGCUCCCAGACUCCCAGGACCAAGAGUUCCUGGAUUGGGCUUUUUGUUGGUUUGUUUUUCUCUUUUUCUUUUUCUUUUCUUUUUUUUUAAAUAAAACACCUUUAAAAUGUGCAGGCAGUAUGUCAUUCAUUGAAAGACAGAUUCCCCAUAUUUGAGUAUGAGACAGAUAUCUAGGAGGUACUGUGACUG